CAUGAACCAAUACCCCACAGGUUUUCGCAUGGCCCAGGCCGUUGGACUGACCGGCGCGGGCUGGCUUGCUGGCAACAUCGCCAGCUUCAGUCUGGUUACCGCUCCAGCUCUCCUGCAAUCCUGCCACAGUUACCAGGUCCCCGCCAGUCUGAUCGUCAAGCAAUGGAGGGAACUGUAUGAGAAGGGUAAAAGGCAGAAUCCCCCGAUUGCAGCGAGCGUCGCAGCGGCAUUCGCCUACCUCGCUUGGUCAGUUCGCCAGGGGACAUCGCUAGCCCCAUUAGCCCCGCGGAACGGAGUUGCUCUCUAUAGCGCCGCGGCAGUACUCACCCUCGGCAUUGUUCCUUGGACUUUGAUAGCGAUGACCAGCACCAAUAAGGCACUGCUGGAUCGUGCGAGCGCCACCUGGGUUUCGACAGACAAGUCAAAUGAGGAGGUGGAGGGAUUGCUCGAGAAAUGGACUGUUCUGAAUGCAAUUCGCAGUUUGUUCCCGUUGGCAGGAGGAAUUGUGGGAUAUCUUGCUCUGUGAGGGAGGGAGGGACGGGCCCAUCUGACGGUUGAAAAAAAAAAAAAGGACUCCAAAGACUGCCAAGUUCCUAUGUGAGUGAUGUAUAAUAAUAUUUUAUCCCCCAAUAAAGUAUGGAGAUAGUUUCCAUGAUACUUUUGAGGUAUGCCAUUAUGUACUCUAGGAUAAGAUCCGCUCUCUAAGGCUCUCUGAAAAAAAUCUACCUUG